AUGCUGGGAAUUGAAUACUUCCAGGCCCCAGGCCGGCUAGGCGAGAUAUUUGAGGCUGGGGGUACCUCAAACGUUGCCAAGGUCCCCUUGCGUGGGAGUCUUGUCGUGACAGGGGGCCAGCCCGGUUUCGAUCUCGAGCGCGGAGAGUUGGUGACCAGCUCACUAGAGGACGAAGCUGAUGCGUGUUUCAACUGUGUUGACGCAGCGCUGAAAUCUGCCGGAGUUGCCGGUGGACUUGCGCAAGCACACAGAUUCACUUGCUUUCUUAGCGAUAUGCGCUACGAAGCCGCUAUCAUGAAAGUUUGGCGGGCGCGAAUGCCCAGCCAUAAAGUACCUUGGGUCACUGUCGGCGUUUCCAUGUUGGCAAUCCCAGAUAUGAGGGUUGAAAUUGCCGCCGAGGCUCUUACAGAUGGCUAG